CUAACCUUCUGGAUUCGAUCGCUAGCCACGAGGGGGCGCUUGGGUUUGCGCUAAAAGCCAACCUCAGCGCCAAUAUUGGCACAAUUUGGAGGCGUGUUACUCGCGGGCAGAUAGGUAGACAAGCAAUAGAGUGGUUUGCUGGCGUUAGUUCGUAUUGUGACUUGGAUGUGAGUGGUGUGGCAGUUUCUUGCGACUACAAAGUAAACGACGACGACGAUCACAAUUUAUCUAAGUCGAGAGCCGAACACGCCAACUUGCUGUGCUACCAGGUGGUUUGUGCUAUUACUACCCGUCGUUGAUAAAACUUGAGCUGUUGUUUAAAUCAAUUACCGUUCGACGUGAUUAAGCGGCUGUGAGUUCCGCUAUAGGUUGUUAGCUUACAGCAAUCAGAACAAUCAAGAGAAACUAGCUAAGAUGCCUUCGCGCGGACCCGCAAUUGGUAUUGACCUCGGGACGACGUACUCGUGUGUCGGUGUAUUCCGCCAUGGCAAGGUGGAGAUCAUCGCAAAUGAACAGGGUAACCGUACGACGCCGUCGUACGUCGCCUUUACUGAUACCGAGCGAUUGAUUGGCGAUUCGGCCAAAAACCAGGUGGCCAUGAAUCCCACCAAUACGGUCUUCGACGCAAAGCGGCUCAUCGGCCGCCGGUUCGAGGAUCAUUCGGUGCAAAGUGAUAUGAAGCACUGGUCGUUCGAGGUCGUACUCGAGGAGGGCAGGCCAAAAAUCAAAGUGGAGUUUAAAGGUGAAAAAAAAACCUUCUUCCCGGAAGAAAUCUCAUCGAUGGUGCUGGUGAAGAUGAAGGAAACUGCCGAGGCGUACCUGGGCGGUACCGUAUCUGACGCAGUAAUCACGGUACCGGCCUAUUUUAAUGACUCACAGCGUCAAGCUACAAAGGAUGCUGGCACCAUUGCCGGCUUAAACGUGCUUCGUAUUAUCAAUGAGCCAACUGCGGCAGCCAUUGCUUAUGGCCUGGACAAGAAGGCCACGGGCGAACGCAACGUUCUCAUAUUCGAUCUGGGCGGUGGCACAUUCGAUGUGUCGAUCCUUACAAUCGAGGAUGGCGUGUUCGAAGUUAAAUCGACUGCUGGAGACACGCACCUUGGUGGUGAGGACUUCGACAACCGCAUGGUAAAUCAUUUCGUUGAAGAGUUCAGGCGCAAACACAAGAAAGACCUGACGGCAACAAGCGCGCCUUACGCCGUUUGCGAACAGCCUGUGAGCGUGCGAAGAGCUCUGUCGUCGUCGACACAGGCUUCGAUUGAGAUCGAUUCGCUGUUUGAGGGUGUCGAUUUUUAUUCGUCGAUAACCCGUGCCCGAUUUGAGGAGCUUUGCUCCGAUCUCUUCCGGUCGACGCUCGAGCCUGUCGAGAAGUCGCUUCGAGAUGCGAAAAUGGACAAAGCGUCAAUUCACGACAUUGUUCUCGUGGGAGGAUCGACCCGUAUUCCACGAAUCCAGAAAUUGCUUCAGGACUUUUUCAACGGAAAAGAGCUCAACAAGUCGAUCAAUCCCGAUGAAGCCGUGGCUUACGGGGCUGCUGUGCAGGCGGCGAUCCUUAGUGGCGAUACCUCUGAGGCUGUGCAGGAUCUGCUGCUUCUCGAUGUCGCCCCCUUGUCACUGGGCAUUGAGACCGCCGGAGGCGUUAUGACCACUCUGAUCAAGCGUAACACCACGAUUCCGACGCGCCAAACUCAAACUUUCAGUACUUUCGCUGACAAUCAGCCAGCCGUCACUAUUCAAGUGUAUGAAGGUGAGCGCGCAAUGACAAAAGACAAUAAUUUACUUGGGAAGUUCGACUUGAGCGGCAUUCCGCCAGCGCCUCGAGGUGUACCUCAGAUCGAAGUGACGUUCGAUAUCGAUGCGAACUGUAUCUUGAACGUGUCUGCCGUCGACAAAUCAACUGGAAAACAGAAUAAGAUUACGAUUACGAAUGACAAGGGCCGUCUAUCCAAGGAAGACAUUGAGCGAAUGGUGAAAGAAGCUGAAACAUUUAAAGACGAGGACGAUAAGCAGAAGAAUCGUAUCGCGGCUAAGAACGCAUUGGAAAGCUACUGCUACAACAUAAAGUCGGCUCUUGAGGGCGCCGGAUCCGAGAAACUCACUGAAGACGAGAAGAAACCCGUUCUAGGGAAGGUCAAUGAAAUGAUAUCUUGGUUGGACAACAACCAGAUGGCUGAGACGGACGAAUUUGAGGAUCGCCGCAAGGAAAUUGAACAGCUCGCGAUGCCCCUUAUGACGAAACUUCAUGGUGGAGCUCCAGGUGGCAUGCCCGGCGGGAUGCCGGGAGGCAUGCCGGGAGGCAUGCCGGGCACUACGCCUGGCGCCGGCGAUCACAGCGGACCCACGGUUGAAGAGGUUGACUGAGCCGACUGAAACCGAACUGUUAGUUAGGCAUAUUUACUAAAUUAACAACCUGCUAUGAUAAACAAUAUAGGCCUCUACUCACUGCGUUGAAUUAGGUGUUGAUGAUAGGCAUUUGCCUCGGAUGCAACAGUACAAGAGAUGCUGACAUCGAUAGUAGCUGACGAGCCCAACAACAACAACAACAACAACAGCAACAGCAGAACAAUGAGUGUGAAGAUCUCGAUCUUUUUUGCUAUUAAGUCAUUAUUAUAUAUUAUUACUUGAUGAUAAGGAAAUAAAGAAGCCAAUAUUUAUUGCA